UUGGGACGAACCGAUCCAUUCAGUUUUAGACCGAAAUUUCCGGAAGUUUUGGCGGAAUGAAUCGCGCCAUAGAGAGUCAGAAUGAGUGUCAAAAAUUCAAAUUCGAGUCAAUUUUUGAACACAAUGGACGGGGUCGGCAGAAUUUAUAAUUCUGUGACCUCUGCUCGAUGUAAUUAAAUCAAUUUUGGCUCUGUCGCUUGGGGUUUGAACAGAUAAACAGUGGGACAAACAACAGAUUGCCGCCGCAGUUUGUUAGACUGAUAUUGCAUGAUCGAGAUAUUGUACCGUAAUCACCGAGAUGACACCGCUGUCAGAUUGCACUGACGGUGAAAUCGAAACUGUGUUUUCAUCCGAAAAUCGGCGUGGUAAAUAUCAAAGACGUGGUAGAUUGUCGCGAAAGCAAGCUGUGAUUGCUGUCAUAGUGACAGUGCUAUUGGCGGUAGUGGUCGGGUUUCUUAUCGGCUAUUUUGUCCCAAAAUCGAAGCCUGCCGCCUCUGUAAUCAAUGCGAGCAGAGAAGAUGUACACGGCAAGUUUGAAGAUGUACACGGCAAGUUUGAAGAUGGAGUCAGUGCAACGAAGCUGGAAGAAGAGUUCAGGUAUUUUACGUCACAGCCUCACGUUGGUGGUUCGGGUAGACAAGACGCUCUCAUCCAUCACAUUGCCACAAAAUGGCGCGAGUACGGUUUUGAUGACGUAGAAACACCGGAGUAUCAGGUGCUGCUUUCAUUGCCACAGGAAGACCAACCUAACACAGUCGAAGUUCUCAUUAAUGGAGUUGUCGAGUAUAGUAUAAUUGGAAAGAUCAACGUCACGACACGUCACGAAUCGAAAACCUCGUUCCAGUAUUUUCCAUACCUCAUGUACGCUCCGCCUGGUGUGGUCGAAGGAGAACUGGUGUUUUGCAAUGCAGGCAUGGAGCAAGAUUUGCAAUUGUUGGAUAGCAUGAACAUCACUGUCAAAGAUAGGAUUGUACUCUUAAAAGGUCAAGGUGGUUCUGUAACCGCCGCAGCCAAACGAGGGGCUAUUGGGGCCAUACUGUAUGUAGAUCCUGCCACAGUAGCUAAAGAAGGGACUGACAGCAGCGACACAUACCCUAACGCUCCGUGGGUGUCUAAAGAUGCAGUCUUUUCAAAGAACCUGUUACAGGGAAACGGAGAUCCCUUAACGCCACACUUGCCGUCCAUUGCAGGAAUGUAUCGCAGGCCCAGAAACGAAAGCAACCUGCCAAGCAUUCCAGCUCAACCAAUCUCCUACGAGGAUGCCUUAAAUCUACUGAGUCGACUCAAAGGUAAUGAGGUACCUAUGCCUUGGCGUGGCGCUCUCAACGUCAUCUAUAAAUUUGGUCCAGGUUUCACCACCCCCAACACAACAGUGCGACUGCGAGUCCACAACAAGCUGGUCCCGAAAUCUAUCUACAAUGUCAUCGGUACUAUCAGCGGUCGGGAUGAACCCGACCGCUAUGUCCUUGUUGGUAACCAUCGGGACGCGAUGUUUUUUGGUGCUGCGGAUGCGUCGAGUGGUUCUGCUACUCUGAUGGAAAUAGCUCGAGUCCUUGGAAAACUCAAAGGCGACGGCUGGCGGCCGCGGCGGACGGUCAAGCUGUGCAGCUGGGGCGCCGAAGAGUUCGGUUUGGUGGGGUCCGUCGAGUGGGUCCAAGAAAACGCCAAACUUCUCACUAAUCGAGCUGUUGUAUAUUUGAACACGGACGUUGCCGUGGGCGGGGACUUUGUAAUGUUUGCACAGACCUGCCCCAUGCUAGCCGAAGCGAUAUUUGACAGGGCGAAGAAGGUCAAAGAUCCCGAGAAGUCCAGCAUUUACGAUACAAUGGUAAAAAGGCUUAGUUACUGGAACUUUGAUUACCCUGGCGAACCAUAUACGAUACCGUACUUAUACUAUAGUGAUUAUCUGCCCUUUUACAUGAGUAUUGGAGUGCCAUCCGCUGAUUUCAGUUAUUUUUAUGGAAGUGAGGAAUGUGGCAGACCUGUGCUCUAUCCUGUUUAUCACACUCAAGAAGACAGCUACUAUUGGGUUAAAACGUUCGUGGAUCCAAACUUCGCGUUUCAUGUCACCAUGACUAAGUUUGUCGGCGGCUUGCUUCUGGAUUUCAGCGACAGUCUCAUUUUGCCUUUAAAUGUGGUGCGAUAUGCCAAGGCAGUAAAUAGGUCAUUUGAUCGACUCGAGGCUGGUCUGGGAGUCGAUAAAUCAAAUAUCUCAACCAAGUUCGUGCACAAUGCAAUCCAGGCGUUUAUUGACGCAAGCACGCUCUUUCAAGCUGCUAAAGGUAAACUAACUGGAAAUGAAAGCCCGCUUGUUGUAAGGGCCAUCAAUGACCAACUUGUCCAGGUUGAUAAAGCCUUUAUCAGCCCAUGGAUGCAAAUAUCUGACCCAAUGAUGAAACACGUAUUUUCACGCGAUACUCCAUCUUGGAACUACGGAUCAAUGCAGUCAUUCCCUGGCGUUGUACAGGCUGUGAUUCGUGCAAUGAAAACUGGAAAUGUCGAUGCAGUUAAAGAGCAGUUGUCGUUGGUAGCUGAAGCUAUAAUGUCUGCAGCUGACAUUAUUAAACCUGUAGUUUGAAAAUAGGAACAGCGGAUCGACUUCUUCUACAAAGAAUGCAUGCCCGAUAAAAUAAGAACUUGUACACUCAUAUAAUGAUGGUACACUUCCCUAGGUAUUCUCACAGAAUUUAGUCUUGCCUCAAAGAGGUUUUAUGUAUGUUACGUUGACCAAAAUUGUUUACUAUUCACAUUCGUAUUUACCAAGUUACAGAGUCUGGCUACCGAAGAGUAUACCAAGGUAAACGGAUUAGAUAUUAGUAAUUGAAGUCUGCGAUAAUUUUGUCAAAAACACAUUCUUUCGUUGCUUGGCUUCUAAACACAAUUUUGUUUAUCAGUGAGAUGAUGUGCUGGAGCAAGUUUCUGAAAUCAUAAUCCUCCCAUUUGUGUACCUUUCACUAUUUGUAAACGGAAGACUGAAGUGAACAACUGAAAAACUACCUAGUGUAACUGGUGUAACUGGUCAAUGGCCAGAAUCGCCAUUCAUGCAGACAAACUGCAAUAAAAAUUAUACUGAAACUGUUUUUAUUGGACUUUCUCUUUCGACAUUUACAUUCAACAGAUGAGCACCUCAAUCUGACUAGUCAGAGGGAUUUACAGUAAAUUUGAACGUAU